UGUCGAGAUCAUGCGCUAAUUAUAAAACGGGCACGCGACCGGAUAAGAGAACCAUUGUGUACACACCAUUAGUCAGUUGUAUUUGCGUUGACAAUUCCGUGUAAUUCGAAUCAAAGUGAAGUACAAAUCCAAUUCACAUGAUUCGGCUUCUCUAGACUCGGCAACAGACAGCUCUAUAUAUUUCUGAUUUUAUGAACUGCACAAAACAAAAGCAACAUGCUAAUUUCAUAGACUUAUUGCAAUUGAUUUUUACAUGUGAAAAACAAGUUGAGUAAUUAGAACAAUACAAGGCGCUAAUUGGAGCCAACUGCCGCUUAGCAAAAUAUCAUUUAGCUCUAUUGUAUAAAAAGCUUUGCUGGGGCACGACUUAGUUACACUUUGAAUUCCAUCUUCAAGAAGAUAACAGCUCUAUUGUAUCUUACUUAAAACAAAGCAAUCAGCUAUAAAGCAGAUCAAACAGAAUGCUGUCUACUAAGCAAAUUUGUCAAAUAUUCGCCUACCUUAUGGCCCUACAAUUGAUCUGUGCGUAUCCCAGUUCCAUUGAACCGAACCGAAGAAUCACCGCAGACACUUUACAGACAGAUGUAGGGUAUGCGAAAGUUGAGCAACUCUACAGAUUGGAGCGCAGCUUAAGCAGAUUGCGACGCGCCGUGGCUGACCUGCCCUAUGAGGAGGCCGAUGAUGAUAUGGAAUUGGCUGAGAUAAAUGUAUUUCGUCCACUGUUCCGCUAUCGUGCCGAGGUUGCCAGACAGGUGCCAAGGCCAACGCAGCAACAAAUUGGUUAAUUGGACCUUCAUAUACCCUGUAAUAAUAUAGGAUACUCAACAGCUUCAUCGAUUCUCAAUGCAAUCAUCAAAUCAACACGUUUUAUACCAAAAGUUUAGUUCAUAGGCAAUUAAAAGAAA